AUGGGUUGUGGCGUAUCUAAUGCUCACUAAUUUAUGAGAUAUUCAUAAGAGAAAGUUACCGAAAAUGAACUAGGUUCCUUGGAGAAUAACAAAGGAUAAACUACAGUUAGGAGAAAUGUCAAAUAUACAAAUCAGUUGCUCAUGAUCCCACAGCAAGGAAUUACAACAUUAUAAGAGAUGCUUAAUAACAGUGUUGCAAAAUUCGGCAAUCAACCAUGCCUUGGCAAAUAUGAAGGAGAUAAUUUCUAAUUCCUUUCAUACAAUUAAGUAAACGAGGAAGCAAUCCAUUUAGGAAGUGGAAUUUCUAACUUGAAUUUAGUGAAGGAGGUCCAAGAAUAUCAACACUACAAAUUAAAAUUGAUAGGAAUCUUUGCAAAAAAUAGAAGAGAGUGGAUGAUCUUAGAUUGGGCCAAUAUCAUUUAUGGUUAUACAAUGGUGCCCUUUUACGACACCCUUGGUCCUGAGUCAAUCCCCUUCAUUCUUGAUUAGACCAACAUUGAAACCAUGCUCAUUAGUGCAGAUGCAACAAAAUCAUUGCUCUAAUGCAAAGAGAAACAUAAAUUGAAAAAUUUAGUUUUGCUAGAUCCUCUCUCAGAAUAACAAGCUAAUGACUUAAAAAAUAAAGGCUAUCACUUGUUUAAAUUCGAAGAAGUAGUAGAAAAUGGCAAGAAAUCGACAGUUCAACAUGCUCAAGUUUAGCCAUCCUCCGUCUACACUUUAUGUUAUACUUCUGGAACAACAGGCAAUCCUAAAGGAGCCAUACUAUCUCAUGGUAAUUUCAUUUCUGCAAUCGGCAGUACAUAAGCAACCGAUGCUAAUAUCACUUCAACAGAUGUUCAUUUGUCAUAUUUGCCUCUACCUCAUGUGAUGGAGAGAUUGAUUGUACUCACUAUGCUCUUCACUGGUUCUUCUAUUGGAUUCUACCGAGGCGAUCCUAAUUUAUUAAAGGAAGACAUUUAAAAACUUAGACCCACAAUCUUUGCCUCUGUUCCUAGACUAUACAACAAGUUCUAUGAUGGCAUCAAAGCUAAGAUUAAUGAAGUCACAGGUGUUAAAAAGUCCUUUGCAGAACGAGCAGUCAGAGUGAAACUAGAAAAUCUAAGAUCAGAAGCCAAAUAUACAAGUGGUUUAUAUGACAAAGCCUUUCAAGGAGUCAGAGAUUUAUUUGGAGGCAGAUGUAGACUUAUGAUCACAGGCUCUGCUCCUAUUCAAUAGGAAGUUAUUGAUUUCCUCAAAAUUGCUGCAUGUUGUCCAAUCCUAGAGGGAUAUGGCUAAACAGAAUCAACAGCAUUAUCCUUCUCUACAGGUGCAUGGGAUCCAAAGUCUGCUCAUCUUGGUGGACCUGCUGCAAAUACAGAGUUUAAAUUAGUGGAUGUUCCCGACAUGAAUUACACAUCUCUAGAUGUUGUGAAUGGUGUUAAAACACCAAGAGGGGAAAUUUGUUUAAAAGGACAUGGAGUUUUCUUAGGCUAUUAUAAAGAUCCUGAAAAAACUGCUGAAGCCAUAGAUGAAGCUGGAUGGUUGCACACAGGAGAUAUAGGUUUAAUUACUGAAAAUGGAGGAGUUAAAAUUAUUGAUAGGAAGAAAAAUAUAUUUAAGUUAUAAUAAGGGGAAUAUAUUGCUCCAGAGAAAAUAGAAGCCAUUUACAAUAGAGUUUAAGGUGUUUCUGAGUCAUUCAUUUAUGGUGAUUCUCUUUAGAGUCAAAUUGUGGCUAUUAUAGUUCCCAUGAAGGACUUUGUUGAAAAAUAUGCAGCAGAAAAAUCUAUCUAAGGGGAUUUUGAACAGCUAUGCAAAAAUCCAGAAAUCAUCAGCUAUUAUUAAAAAAAUAUCAAUGACUAUGGAAGAGCCAACAAACUUAAUUCAUUAGAAAUUGCUAAGUUAGUACAUUUAGAACCUCAACCAUUAUAAACAUUUGGAUGCUUGACAUCAACCUUUAAGUUAUAAAGACAUAUUGCCAAAUAGGUGUUUGCUAAACAAAUUGAACAGCUCUAUAAGAGUUAGGCUUGA